GGAACAGUAACUCGUGUUAUCCUUAGAAACGUAAACAGUAAUGUCGACGAUGGAAAGUGCAAUAGAGGAUUUAAAGGACGACAGCGUCCCACCCUGUUUAUACUGGUCCGUGGAUAAAGUGGCGGAAUGGAUAGAAAAAAUAGGAUUUCCAAACUACAAAUCUUGCAUCACCAGUAAUCGCAUUGACGGGAGGAAACUUAUUACCCUGGAGGCCUCACAGCUGCCAAAUAUCGGCAUCACAGACUUUAAACACAUCAAGACAAUUUCUAAAGCUGUGAGAGAACUGCUGUUCAUAGAAGAACCGGACUGGAAGAGAAGCAUAUCACUGCCUCCCCGGGAGAAUCUGGGUAUGUAUCUGGAGAGGAAGGGUCACAAUGGGAAGAAUCUUGAUGGACUAACUUACAAAUCCUUCCUGUUGAACUUAAAAGAUUCCAAGUGGCAGCCUCCGCUGGCCAAUCACUGCUUGAUUCUGCCUCGGUCAUAAUGAGAUGUCAGUCAUGUGACAGAGACUGCCUUAUAAGGGAAUUCUCAGUCCACAGUUGUGAAAAGUGUGACCAUACUGCUGAAAUCUCUGUGAUCAUCCAACAGCAUUUGUAUAAGUGUCAAAAUGUAUUAUAUGUUUAUAUGACUAUUUUUUUUUUAUAAAGACAAUAUCAAUUUUGUAAACUUGAAAUCCAAAACAGCAUUAGAGUUUCAAAAUUUAUUUAAGUUUUUUCCAAUUUUAAUUUCUUAUUUUACUUAAGCAAUUUAUUUUCCCAUUCAAUUAAAUUUCAACCACAGAAAGAUAAAGAUACUGUUCAAGUGGGCAUUUACGCUGGUGGUUUACUGUACAUAUGCACAUAUUUUAUGGUCAAGCAACAUGCAUAAUUGGUAUUUAAUACGCGAAUGCAUGAUUUACCACACUAAAGUUUUGAGUUUUUAACUAUAUGUGCAAGAUUACGUAUUUUCUUUAGGUUUUAAGCUUAAUUACCCUGUAACUAGUGUAAUUUUUCCCUAUGUGUAAAAAACUAAUUUAACAGUACUAUAAUUUUUAGUUCUCUUCAAGAUGUACAGAACUGGCAUAUAAACUGGCACAUCUCUCUGUUAAUGUGUUCUAUUUGACGGAGAUUAAGAUUUGACAGAAUGUAACUUAGAAAGAUAGUUACAUGUACUCUGUAUGCGUGUGUUAAACCAAGAGGGGGAAGACUGUUUAUGAAUACUGAACUUCAUUGCUAUGCACAACAAUUCAUUUUAUUUCUGUCUCGUUUUUGUUGUUGUAAAUUUUCAAAUGUCCAUUGUAUAAGCAAUCGUUUCAUCCUUGUAUUUACCUGAAAGAAAGCAUAGCAUUAAAAUAAAUGUUUUAAUUCAUCUUAA